AUGCCUGCAGAUCCAGGCGGGGGGCGUUCAUUUGUUCGUUUCUACUCCCCCGCACCGGCAGCAGCAGCAGCAGCUGCUGCUGCAGACGCAGCAGCAGACGCAGACGCAGACGCAGCACUUGGAGGGAAGAGCCCAGCAGCAGAAGACGCAGAUGAAGCAGCAGAUGAUAUCGAUGCAGCGUUAUCAGAGGAACUCGUUGCAGCAGCAGCAGCAGAUACAGCAGCAGAUGCAGCAGCAGAUGCAGCAGCUCCAGAAGAUAUUGAAAAGCUAGAGAAGCUUCUUAGAGAUGCAGGAGCACCAGAGGGGGAGACAGACGCAGACGCGAAGCCACAAGACGGGGAGACAGGUGCAGAUGGAGGAGCUGUUGUUGACUUACAGCAGACUGUUAAGGCUGGCAAUCAGCCUCGCCGCCUGAUGGCUGCAGUAGGAGCGGGUAUGAUACUGCUGGCAGGGGUUGCGCUUGUUCACGAGCAUGCAGACUCUAUAUGGCGGGCGAUGCGGACAGUUACAAACAACAUGAAAUAUAAGCCUUGGUCUUGGACAUGGUUUGUAUGGAGGCUGCCGAAAGUAGAUGAGCGAGAUUUCCCCGAGUUUCAAGUAGUUGCUGAUGGUUUAGCGGGGUUAACAGGGAGUCCGCCAGGGUCGCCUGCGCAUAUACCGGGUGUAGGGGGCCCUCGAAGGAGAACAUAUUAUUAUAGAGAUGCCCCGAAGAGUUUAAACGUGCGUUAUGCUGCAGCAGAGAUGGUUGCUGCUUUAGUAGAGCUGCAUAAUCAGGGUUUUUUACAUAGAGAUAUUAAACCACCCAAUUACUUCGUCUCUCCUGACGGACAUGUGCUUCUAGCUGACUUUGAAAUGCUUUGGCCAAGGAAUCAGCCGUGCCCGCAAGAAGAAGCAACUCAUACUAGAGGCUUCACAGCGCCUGAGCUAAGAAGGUUUGGGAGUUAUGUUCCCUUUACAGAGAAGUCCGAUGUCUAUGCUCUGGGUAUGGGCUUAUCUCGUAUUGUUGUGAGAGUAAGAAAGUAUCAAGAUAUACCGGAUGAAGCAAAGCUAGUUAAUCUUAUAUUGAAGAUGGUGACGAACGAUGUAGGCCAGAGAGCUUCUCUACAAGAUGUUGUUAAUGACCCCUACUUUGACGGAAUAGAUUGGGGUGUAAUAGCAAGAGGUGAAGGGCCCCCUCCUUGUCCUUUAGCUAGACAGGUUAUGGAUAGAUUUGCUGCAGCAAGGAAGAAGCUCGCUGAGCAGCAAAAACAGCAUCAGCAGCAAACCACCAGCAAUCCACACAACACACAAAAGCAACCCCCCGAAGCAGAAGCAGAAGCACAGAAAAAACCUCCGCGACCAUCGAAGAAAGCUAAAAACCUACGCCGCCUGCAGCAGCAGCAGCAGCAGCAGCAGCAGCAAAAACCACAGGGAGCCCAAGAGGAGGAACAGCUCCGCCUCAUGCAGAGACUCCACGAGCAGCAGCAGCUGCAACAACAAAUGCAGCAACAGCAGCAGCAGCAGCAGCAGCAGCAGCAGCAAGAACUAAGCCAGCAAGGGCAGCAACAGCAAGGACAACAGCAGCAAGAACUAACCCAGCAGCAAGAACAGCGGCAGCAGGAAAAGGAAAAGGGACAGGCACAAGCGCCUUCACAGCAGCAGCAGCCGCAGCAACAGGAACAGCAGCCGCAGCAGCAGGAACAGCAGCCGCAGCAACAGGAACAGCAGCCGCAGCAACAGCAACAAAAGAAGCCGCAGCAACAGCAGCAGCAGCAGCAACAGCAGGAAUAUGAGAAAAAGCAGUAA